GCAAGUUUGAGUCGGUAACAGACCUUGAGCAAGAAGCCAAGCAGUUUUCGAGAGAGAGAGAGAGAGAGAGAGAGAGAGAGAGAGAAAGAGAAUCUAUCUAAUUCAAAUUUAAGAGACGGUUUCGCAAUCGAAGAUCCCUCAUCUUCAGGUCAGAAUGGGUGUCAACAUCAACAUAGGAGGGUAUAUAGAGAAAGUGAACGGCCAAGAACUGAGUUACAGUGACUUUGUGAAGAGGUAUAUGGAGAAGAACCAGCCCGUCGUUCUCACAGGACUCAUGGAUGGAUGGACGGCUUGCAGUGAUUGGGUCAUCGGGAGUGGGCAACCCAAUCUCCAAUACUUCUCUUCUUAUUUUGGGAAUUCCAGAGUUCAGGUUGCUGAUUGUGGUAAAAGAGAGUUCACAGAUCAGAAGAGAGUUGAAAUGUCUGUCUCAGACUUUAUUAGCCAUUGGCUUGAGCUUUCUGGUAAAGAAUGCACUAAUUCUCCAGGCAAUGGUCAGACCCUUCUAUAUUUGAAGGAUUGGCAUUUUGUGAAGGAAUACCCAGAUUAUACACCGUACACAACUCCAUUAUUUUUUUGUGAUGAUUGGCUCAACAUAUAUCUCGAUAGUCAUCAUAUGCAUAGGGAUCCUGACACCUAUCACAAGACAAACGAUAUAGAUUGCUCUGACUAUCGUUUUGUUUACAUGGGACCAAAAGGUACAUGGACUCCUCUUCAUGCUGAUGUUUUCAGGUCAUAUAGUUGGUCAGCAAAUGUGUGUGGGAAGAAAAAAUGGCUUUUCCUUUCUCCUUCCCAGUGUCACCUUGUGUUUGACAGUAACAUGAAAAGCUCUGUCUAUGACAUUUUUGGUGAUGUUCCAGACGCAAAGUUUCCAGACUUUAAGAAGGCUAUUUGGUUGGAAUGCACUCAAGAACAAAAUGAAAUUAUCUUUGUGCCCAGUGGAUGGUACCACCAAGUCCACAAUCUGGAAGAUACAAUAUCCAUAAACCACAACUGGUUCAAUGCCUAUAACCUUUCUUGGGUGUGGGAAUUACUUGUCAAAGACUACAGGGAAGCAAGGGAAUACAUAGAGGACAUCAGAGAUAUUUGUGAUGAUUUUGAAGGUCUCUGUCAGCGCAAUCUGGCAGCAAAUACAGGUAUGAACUUCUCUGAUUUCUUCAUCUUCAUCACGUGUUUCUCCUUUGCCAACUUGAUCCAAUUAUACCAACUUGUAAGAUGCUAUCAAAACUGUGCUUGUGAUCUAUCUGCAAGAGUUCAGUAUUUAGUUUCAAAUCUUAUGUCUAUACGCAAAGUCUCUGUUAAGAUGGAGUCCAUAGGAGGCUUCAGAGGUAAUAUUGCUGCCUCACUGGAUCUCAGAGAAGUCCUGGAUGAGCCUGAGUUCCUAGACCUCUGCAUGGCUUUGCGUAGAACAUAUGAGAUCAUCGAUAAUCAAAGGAAACAAAGUCCAGAAACAAAUGAACCUUUCGGAGUUGAUUUGGAGAAUCUGGGUAUUAUUGAAGCAUCUGGUAUAAAUGUCUCUACUCCCAAAGAUCUAAUUAGAGGUUUAGACUAUGCUUUUAUGAAAUUUAAUGGCAUCUCUAAUUUAGGGAGCUUUAGUUUGAUAUCUUCAGAUGAUAAUUGAAGUUUACUACCUGUUCUUUAUGGAGAAAUAUUUGGAUGUGACAUAACUUUUGGGAAAGUCUUGGAGAACCAACUCCAAGGUUUCUGUGAGGCACAUUGAGGUGAUGAGGUCUUUGGUGGACUUUCUGGCCUUUGUUUUGCCAAACGAGUUGAGAACACUAAACUUGUCAGCCCAAAACCAUUGUGACUCGAGGGUUUGGAGGAUUGCAGUGACUAGAAGAUGGGGAUGAAUCCUGAUAUCAUGACAGAGAUGGUCCCUGAUUUUCCAGAUCUUAUGUCGAUGACACUGGAUUGCUCGUGAAGAAUUCAAGGUGUAGCAUUUGUUGAGAACUGUAUGAAAAAAAAGCAUUCAUAAUUAUGGGUGGAUGUCCUUGUUUAUGUAUUUAGAUACCCUACAGUGCAAAUUUCAGAUCAAGUACAACACUUUGUGCAUACACUGCUACCGAUCAUUAUUCUUGAAGAGAAAUAGAAAUUUGUGUUAGUCUCUGUGGCUCCCCAUUAUUCUGUCUGUUCUUACUCGCAGGCAAGAAGUUGCAGGUUGAAUGUUUCCCA